UAGAACCUAAAAGAUAAAAACAACAGUGGUUGACUGGACAUAGCUGGUUUCCUUCUAAAACUCACAUUCCUCGUAAUUCAUUGUCUUCUUCUUCCAUAAAUUCAUCAUACUUUGUUCAACAAACACAACUCAAUCCAUUUUCGUCAUUACCGUGACAUACACACCCACCGUUUUCUCAAUUAUAUCACAAAAUUCCUUCUUUGUAGAAACAAACAAUGCAUCUAGAGCUUGAUGCUUUUACUGCUUUGGUUAUUAUUUUGUGUUUCCUUGGAUUGAUUCUCAAGGAGACAGUAAUGGGAGGGAGUAGUUCAAAAGAGUCCCACUCUCACAAGAGACAUGUAACUUCACCGUCAUCAUCAUCAUAUGGGUCUGUUGGUUCUUCGUCUUCUUCGGAUAUUCAUAACUUUGGAUAUCCGCAAUCGUCUUAUCCAUAUAAUAAACCGUAUCAAAGACCUAAUUACCAGCGGAAUACACAGGCUAACUUGCAUGAUUAUUCACGACCUAAUAGGAAGUUGGAUAGGAGGUAUUCAAGGAUUGCUGAUGAUUAUCAUUCUCUUGAUGAGGUUACUGCUGCUCUUUCUCAUGCUGGAUUGGAAUCGUCGAAUCUAAUUGUUGGCAUUGAUUUCACAAAGAGCAACGAGUGGACUGGGAAGAGGUCAUUCAAUCGAAAAAGUUUACAUCACAUCGGAAAUGGUCAAAAUCCUUAUGAGCAAGCAAUUGCGAUUAUUGGGAAGACAUUAAUCUCUUUUGAUGAGGAUAACAUGAUUCCGUGUUUUGGAUUUGGAGAUGCAUCAACUCAUGAUCAAGAUGUCUUCAGUUUCCAUUCGGAUGAGAGAUUCUGCAAUGGAUUUGAAGAAGUUUUGUCAAGAUAUAGAGAGAUUGUUCCAUGCCUCCGACUCGCAGGACCAACUUCAUUUGCCCCUAUUAUUGAGAUGGCCAUGACUAUUGUUGAGAAAAGUGGUGGCCAAUAUCAUGUCUUGCUUAUAAUAGCUGAUGGACAGGUGACUAGAAGCGUUGACACAGAGAAUGGCAAGCUAAGUUCACAGGAAAAGAAGACAAUUGAUGCAAUAGUAAAAGCUAGUGAGUAUCCACUAUCGAUAGUUUUGGUUGGAGUCGGAGAUGGGCCGUGGGAUAUGAUGAGGGAAUUUGACGAUAACAUUCCAGCUCGAGCCUUCGACAACUUUCAGUUUGUGAAUUUUACUGAAAUAAUGUCAAAGAAUGUGGAUUCAAAUCGAAAAGAGACAGAGUUUGCUCUAGCAGCUUUGAUGGAGAUACCAUCUCAAUAUAAGGCAACCAUAGAUCACAACCUAUUGGGGACUCGAAGGGGACAUUCACCAGACAGGGUUCCAUUACCUCCACCUCAAUACGAUAGAGCUUCUUCUAGUAACAGCGCAGCAUAUAUCCGUUCAAACAGUUUUCAACAGGGCACAUCAUAUAUCCGUUCAAACAGUUUUCAGCAGAGUACACAUACGAAUGCGAGCAACAACAUUGAAAUGAACACAGAGCCGUCUUCAUCUGGUUUAUAUGACAAUAAGGUUUGCCCGAUUUGUCUUACUAAUACGAAGGAUAUGGCCUUUGGCUGCGGGCAUCAGACUUGUUGCGAAUGUGGAGAAAGCCUUGAACUCUGCCCUAUUUGUCGGAGUACAAUCUAUACCAGAAUAAAGCUUUACUGAGCUUCCAACCUCGGGGCCCGAUAAGGAUUCUUCCAAGGAUUCUUCCCUUGUUCUUGGACGUUGGACUGGGAUCCUCUACGACCGGAUGCACCAUAAAGCCGAAAUAGAUGAUCUAUUUUGUUCUUGUACACAAUUAUGUAACACAAUUUUGAACCAAAAAAUAUAUAUGUAAGGUUAGGAAGAUUUGUUUACAGAAUGAAGUGGUGUUGUCUCAUUUGUAAAUAUGAAGUUUGUGUUGUGUGGAAGGUUUGAUUUUUUGAACGGAUUCAUUCAAAAUUGAUUCCUAUAUGAAA